AUGGAUCUCGAGACCUACCUCCGUCAGGUGGCCCAGCUCAACGGCCCCGACGUGACCCUUGACAUCAGCGACGUGUCACUGUUUCGAGAUAACCCCAACCACGAUGCCAUCUUUUUAGUCCGUCAUGACAACCGGGUGGUGGUGACCACAGCGCCUGCCAACAAUACCUUCAGCGACGAGUGGUGCCUGGCUCACCUGGUGACGGCGGUUAUCAAAGGCUUGGGCCCAAUUACUACUCCUGAACGUCAAUUACGAGUCGUGGUGGUCCCUCUGGGCAAAGAUAUGGACGCGUUGUCCCUGAUGAUUCGCAUGGGGCUCGCUCCCAUGUUUGACGCUUGGAAUGGUGACUCAGUAUUGGGGAAUGCCACGAAGAAAAAGUUUGGCGAAUUAUCUUUGCUGCUUCAACACUUGAACCUGGGUAUCAUUGUGCCUGAUCUCAAAUCUGCUUCCCUCAAAUUGAGCACUGAAGAAAAACCUCAAGAUCCUGUCAAUGAUACCGAAUACCUUAACAAGUUAACGCUGGUGGCAAACCAGUGGAUUUCUGAUAUUCGUGAGGUAACUAAGUUGGAUCAUAAUCCACGUGAUGGGCAGAGUCUAGCUGACGAUGUGGCGUUCUGGAAGGCUAUGGACCAAGCAUUAGCUCUGAUCAACCACCAAAAAUCCCAGCCUUAUGUUACCGAAGCAAUUGAGGUGCUUACUCAAGCCAAACGUUUUCAAAUUACAACUGCAUUUAAAAGUGAAACCGGCUUGAUCACACAACAACAACGCACAGACCAGAUCAAUAGUGUGCUUAAAGAUAUACCCUUGGCCGAAAUGCAAGCAGUAACUCCUGAUGACGGCAUUGAUCUGUUGGAGCUGGCAAUACUGCUAGUAUUUACUCAUAUCAGUCACCGCUUGUCGCUGCUGGAAGUGGCGCUUGAUCGCAUGCAAGCGUGGAUCGAGCUCUUGAUCAGUGACGUUGUUAAAAGCAUCAAUCAGUUCAUUAUCGCCUUGAAGGUUUUGGAGAUGUCACCCGAUACUUGGCGUACUACUCAAACAGCUGUCAAAAAUCUACAGCAAGCUGUCGACCAAAACCUCAAAUACGCCAUUAACGAAGUUCGUGGAAUUGUUCGCAGGCGCUCUGAUAAGUUUGUUCAAAUAUCUAUUGAUACCCAGGCUUGGGACCAGUUUAACGAAUCUUUCCAGGAAAUCUGCGAACUCAGAGCCAGUCACGAUGAGCUCCUGGCGACUCUCAUCGCUCUUGAUGCACCUCUUGAGUACCAAACAAAGUUGUCUGAAGCUUAUAACAGCUACAUGGUGUUGAUAACGCCGUUCACAACGCAAUGGAAGAUGAACCUUAGUCUCUAUUAUCAGCAGGCAAAGCAGGUUCGUCAAGGAAUUGUUACUCAGCUCAGCUUGGUGUUGAAUCAGUGCCGCGAGUUUUCCGAUUACGUGCUGGUGGUUUCUCGAUUGGGAGGAGUCCACCAUAUCAUUCCCGAUGAGUACCGCACGAGGUUGUUGGACCAAGCUGCCCUGGAGGUGGGCGCUUUGAACUCGUUGCAAGUAUACCGUGAUGAUAAAGUGGUUCCCAGAGCGAAGAAUAUACUUUGCGUUCGCAGUCAGGUUGAGUACUAUUCUGAGGGUCUUACUGCCAUUCUCGGGUCCACUUGGGGUCAGUACCUGGUGGGAGGUAAAAUUCGACAAUUACUCAAUGAGAUCGACGACAGACUUGCUGCAGAGGGAGAAGAGAUUCAACGAUGGAUUAAGCAGGUGGAAGAGAAGCUAGCCCGUCCCUGGAAAGGGCCACUAAUCAGGUUGGUUAUGACACGAACCACCGACUUGGUGGUCAACUGCGACCAUUCCCUAGUUGAGUCGUGCGUGCUGCUCCAUCAACUUCACCGCCUUGGAUUUGAUAUUUCUAAGCUGACCACGAUUUCGGCAACAAGGGUAUUGCUGACGUUCGGAAACUUAGCUAUUGGGUUGUCGCAACAUUUGGUUGCGUUCAAGCUUUACGCUGCCAAGAAGUCAUAUUCUGUGGUGGAACCCAUUAAACGAGAGAUCAUCGCCAAGCUUAAGAAGUGUCAGGACCUUCAAUGGGAUAAUAUCGACGAUGAGCUCGUUGCUUCGCUCGAGCUGCAAAUUGCUGAUUACUGUGGUCAGGUUUCCAAACUUGAUAUGAUAGACAAUGCCGUGGACAAUGAAAUUGCUCGCCUCCAACAAUGUCCAUUCGAUGACGAAAGUAUUAGUUCUAUUAAGAAUUCUGUUUACAAGCUUGACAUCGAACGAAUAAAGCCUUUUGUGGACCAACGCGUACAAUCAACGCUUACGGCCAAAGGUCAGUUCCAACUCAAUUCUAUAUCUGCCUGGCUUGGCAAUUCCAUGGAUGCCACAUUCCAUGAGGAUUCCGCAACUGAAUACUGGGGUUUGCCUAUCAAGCAUGAUUCGAUGGAGCUCAAAGUUCUUACUCGUGACCAGCAAUUCGUGGUAGAGCCGCUGUUUGCUUUAGUCAGGCAACAACUCUACGGCUUCGUGAACCACAUAUUGAACCAAGCGCCACAAGCCAACGCGAGCCCUGUCCUCAUGACGAUUGACUCGAUAGUUGCCGAAGCGGAAACCUACAUUGACCGUUUGAACUCACUCCAGUUACUUUGGGAGCUUGAUCUUAGCAGAGAAACUGACUUGGCCCGUCUUUUUGGAGGCUGCCAAGGGGUAUCGCUACAACUGUGGAUGAAAGUUAUGGAUGAAAUGAUGUCUUUGAGAUCAAUAAUUGAUGGCGACUCAAGCGUGUGGUUUGGCGAGCAAGCAAUUCGUCUCGACUAUGGUGCCGUGGUGCUGCGGGUGAACUUGAAGUUUGAUCGCUUUUUCCGUGACUUCCUUGAACGGUUCGCUGCGAAAGUGCAGGAGAAUCUGACAAAAUUCCUUAAUGAGAUCAAAGAUGCGAAACGAAAUCUUGGUCCCCGAUUGAAUCUCCACCAGGAUGUUGUUCUAGUGAUGGCAGCACUCCACCAAUUUGUCACUGUUGAUGCCGAAAUCUCACGGUGGUCACAACAACUUGCUAUAUUGAAAAAGGCUCAAUCGAUUCUCGUGAAAAACCGGUUUCAGUUCCCUGAAAUAUGGAGCUAUUGCGAGCAGUUGGAAGGUAAGUUUACUGAAGUCACCGACUUGAUUUCCAAGAAACGGCUGGCUAUUGAUGCUGAUCGUGAUGGCCUUAUUGUCAAGGUUACAGGUGAACUGGAGCGAGUGGCGGCGUCGCUUCAGUCGCUUCAUCGCAAGUGGAGUCUGAAGAAGCCUGUUCUGGGUCAGUUAGAUCCCGGAGCUGCUUUAGCCACAUUAGCCACAUUCCGACAACUUUGUGCCAAUUUAUCUAUGAGUAUAACCCACUUGCUGGUGGUAGCUCAAUUAAUGCUGGUUUCCGUGCCUCAGCUUCUGGUUGAUGCCAUUCGUGCCGAGAUCGACGGCCAUCAUCUGGUGUGGGUGCUGCUUGAUGCUUUGUGGACUCAGCUUAAUGGCAUUAAGACGACUCCCUGGGGUGAUGUUAAUCCUCGUACGGUGCGAAAACAGUUGGACGACUUGUCGCGGGAAUUACGUUCAUUGCCCACUAAUACUAAACAGUAUGCCGCCUAUGAUGAGCUUACAUUGACUUUUUCGCUGCUCCUUAAAUAUAGUGGGUUGAUACUGGACUUGAAGGGAGAUGCCCUUAAGACUCGUCACUGGAAACAAUUGCUUCCAAAAGUGAAUGUGGAGGAUCUCACUUUAGGACAUGUGUGGGAUUUGCUCAUUGCUCCUAAUAAUGAAGCUAUGAUAAACGAGGUGUUGAUAAUGGCUCAAAAUGAACACGUUAUCGAGGCUCAGUUGGCUAAGAUCCAGUUGUCGUGGGUUAAUACAACUUUUGAGCUCGUACCUUUUGGCAAAUACCGCCUUAUCGCGAAUUGGGAUGCUCUUUUUGACCAAUGCACCCGCGACAUCAGUGCUUUGGCUCUGAUGAGACUGCUGUCUUACUUUGCCAGUUUUGAACGGGAAAUCACUCAAUUAGAGACGAAACUUAGUGAAAUCUAUGGCGUUCUUGAUUUGUGGAUAGACGUGCAACAACAAUGGGUAUACCUCCUGGGCGUUUUUAGUGGUGGGGGCGAAAUUGCGCAACUUUUACCAGUGGAACUGGCGCGGUUUUCCAAUAUCCUUACUGAGUAUACGCUGCUCACUAAGCGUCUUUUCAAAGUGGGGCUAGUAUGGGAUAUUACCCUGGCUGGGGAUUUGACGCCGGUGAUGAAGCGAUUUUUAGACCAAUUGAACCGGAUUCGCCGCUCGCUUAUCACUUACCUAGAGCAACAGAGACAGCAUUUCCCUCGAUUCUAUUUUGUGGGUAAUGAUGAUUUGCUAGCGAUGAUUGGGGAUCUGCUGGUGGCUGCUGUCAAUCGUCACGUAUCACAAAUGUUUGGCGGUAUCCGUCAGUUAACUAUGGAGGAUCUGCGAGUAGUUGGGUGGAUUGGCGAUUGGGGCGAGACUGUUAUGUUGAAAGAACCGGUACUGUUGGUGCACCACCCGCGAUUGGAUGAAUGGUUGACAGCCGUGGAACGUGGCGUUAAACUCACGAUAAGUGACUGUAUUUCUUAUCACUUAGGUAAGGAUCCGGUCGAAUUGGCACUUAGUUCUGACGUUCCCACUCAGGUGAUUGUGGUUGUAACUCAAAUCGGCUUUACUAAGGCUACUGAAGACGCACUUAAAUCCGACAUGGUGGCUGAGUUGAAGGCGACGGUAAUCCAACAGAUUUUGAAACUCACUCAGGCAGUUAACGUCGAAAAUCUGUCUCUCAGACUCCACCGCAUUGAACAUGUUCUCAUUGAAUUGUUGCACCAACGAGCUAUCCUUGACACGUUUCUGCAAUCUGGCAAAGAUUGGUGGUGGAAUGGAUGCCAAAGAUUUUACCAUAUUGAAUCAAAUGAGCCUUUGGAAAGAGUUUUGAUUUGUCAAGCAACCCUGAAACUAACUUAUGGUUUCGAAUACAUUGGCGUCCCCGAGAAGCUUGCGUAUACUCCACUCGUCGACCGAUGCUUUCUUGCGAUGUCGCAAGCUUUAAGUCAAGGGCUUGGUGGCUCUCCGUUUGGUCCUGCUGGUACGGGUAAAACCGAAACUGUCAAAGCACUUGCGCAUAACUGUGGCCGAAUGGUACUUGUGUUUAAUUGUGACGAGCUGUUUGACAUGCAACUGAUGAGCCGUAUUUUUCUUGGGCUCUGUCGAAUUGGUAUUUGGGGGUGUUUCGAUGAAUUCAACCGAUUAGACGAACGUAUGUUGCUGGCGGUGCUGAGUCAAAUUGAAGCCAUCGAACACGGGCUUAGGGGUGACGCCUCUGAAGUUGAAAUUAGUGGGGUGAACGUGGAAGUCAGUCGAAGCACGGGUAUCUUCGUGACGAUGAACCCCCGUUACGCUGGCAGAAGCCAACUUCCUGAAAACUUAAAGAAGCUCUUCUGGCUGUUUUCGAUGGAUCUGCCUGAUCAUGAAGUCAUUGUUGAGGUGUUGUUGAGUUCUCAAGGAUUUGGUCAGGCCCAUACUUUGGCUAAGUUAAUAGUGCCGCUCUUUUUAGAACUUCAGAACCAGGCACUGCAACAAGCCCAUUAUGAUUUUGGUCUUCGUGCUUUGAAAAGUACGCUUACACGUUGUGGGCAAAUCAAACGAUCUACUUCUGGUGAUUCUGAAAAGGAGGAUGAUAUUGUGGUCAGAGCCAUUGAGGAGACUGUGACUCCGAGACUUGUGAAAGUUGACCGGGCUCUCUUAAGCUCACUACUCAACCAAUACUUCCCUGAUACCGAUCCUAAUUGGGAUCAAGACCGUGAAUUUUUGUCUCAACUACACUCUGUGGCCGCUGAAAACCACCUCACUGUCGAUAAAUUAUGGGCGGAAAAAGCCACUCAGCUUUUUCACAUCGAAUCCCUGCACGCUGGUAUCAUUUUGGUUGGGGAACUGGGAUCUGGGAAACUGACGGUCUGGCGACUGGUGCUCAAAGCGGUGGACGCUUCCGCCUCACUGUACAUCAUCGACGCUAAAGUAAUGCUGAAGGACCAGUUAUACGGACGCAUUGAUCCCGUGACAAGAGACUGGAGCGAUGGGCUUUUAACUAAGCUCAUACGUAAAAUUGGCGCCAACUUACGUGGUGAGCGUUCCCAUCGCCACUGGAUCAUCUUUGACGGCGAUAUCGACCCGAUAUGGGCUGAGAACUUGAACCUGGUGCUUGAUGAUAACCGCAUUUUGACGCUUGCUAAUGGUGAACGACUCCUGCUUCCACCCGAAGUUCGUCUUGUGUUCGAAGUUGACUCCUUACGUUAUGCCACUCCCGCUACAAUCAGUCGAUGCGGUAUGAUCUGGUUCGAUGAAGGUGUAGUUUCGGUGAAGUCACGCUGGAACAAUCUUCUUGGUUUGUUGUCUACCCGUCCCAUUGAUGAGGAUCAAGGUAUCGGUCGCCAAAUGGAAGCCGUAACUAUAUUACUGGAGAUAAUCUCGGACACCAUUUGGGAGUCAGUGGUGAAUAUCACUGCGGAAGCCUUGCACAUUAUGCCCUUCAGUGUGGCUCGUGCGUUCUCUGGGUUUCAAGCAUUGCUUCAAGCGUAUAUCUCUAAGCUUGUUGUAUUUGAAGCGGAGCACGGAGCCAUAGUCGAUGUCAAGCAAUAUAUGGCUAAAGCAGUGGGCUUACUGUUGCUGUGGUCGUUCGCUGGCGAUAUCAAUGGAGAUAGGGAUGCUCUUGGCAAGCGCUUGACCAAUUUGAUUGCUGAUGUUGAUCUUGAGUCGUCGCCGUUUGUCGUCGAUGUCAACCUUCCCGAAGCUGAGUGGGCUCCUUGGACGACGAACGCUUCUCAAAAUUCCAUUGCUGAUAUAGAACCGUACCAAAUCAACUCAUCGAUGGUGAUCCCUACCGCCGAAACCGCCUGCCACCAGCAACUCAUCCAUACUUUGCUCCACCAACAUUGUCCCCUUGUGCUUUGUGGGCCUCCGGGGCUGGGUAAGACAAUGACGUUGUUGGCUGCGCUUCGCGCACUGCCUCAGUUUGAAGUGGUGGCUCUCAACUUUUCCAAGGAUACGCUGGUUGCGCUGAUUUUGCGUUCAUUAGAACAACACUGUGUUGUUCGUCGACGGGCGCUGGGGCUUGAGCUUGCUCCGAAGGUGUCUGGUACAUGGGUAGUGGUCUUCUGUGAUGAAAUCAACUUACCCCAACCUGACCAGUAUGGUACCCAGCAUGUGAUUUCGUUCUUAAGACAAAUGGUAGAACAACGAGGGUUUUGGAACCGCGACGACCAGUGGGUUUCUCUUGGGGAUAUUCAAUUUGUGGGUGCGUGCAAUCCACCUACUGAUCCUGGCCGUCAACCUCUCAGUUUACGAAUGUUACGUCACGUUGCGCUUGUUGUGGUUGACUAUCCUCGUCCUGAAUCGAUGGCACAUAUUUAUGGCAGUUUUGUUGCCGCCUUACUUAAAUGUGCUCCCACUUUGAAGAGUUAUGGUGUUGCCCUCACUAACGCCAUGAUCGACAUUUACCAGAGAACAAAGGACUUUAUGACUGGUAAAAUGCUGCACUACGUGUAUUCGCCGCGUGAACUCACCAGAUGGUGUCAGGGGAUGUUUGAAGUGAUCACUCACCUGGAGGUGUCCACCGUGUCGCAAUUGGUGAGAUUAUGGUACCACGAGGGUGUGAGGCUUUUUAGUGAUCGUCUUGUUGACCCUGCAGACAUCAAGUGGCAGCACCAAACGUUUGUCAACGUGGUGUCUCAGUACUUUCCAAUGAUUGAUGUCAACGAGGUGUGUAAAGAUCCUGUACUUUACCUGGACUGGCUUAGCCUCAACUAUGAGCCAGUUCAAGAGUCUGAAUUACGCUCGUUUCUUACCGAAAGACUCCGUGUGUUUGCUGAAGAAGAAGUUGAUGUUGAUCUUGUGCUUCAUGAAGAUGUCUUAGACCACUGCUUGCGUCUUGAUCGAGUGCUUCGUCAGCCUCAGGGUCAUAUGAUUUUAGUGGGUGACUGCGCUAGUGGUAAAACGACUCUCACACGAUUUGUUGCUUGGAUCAAUGGUCUUAAACUGAUUCAACUUCAAGUUGAUCGCGAUUUCGGCGUUGAUCGCUUUGAUCGCAUGCUUCGUGAAUUACUUCUUCGUUGUGCUCGCGGUGAGCGCGUGUGCUUCAUCAUUGACGAGCUGCUGAUCUUGGACCCUGCAUUUAUUGAACGGAUGAAUACGUUGCUUGCCAAUCUGGAAGUCCCUGGUCUUUUCAUGGGUGAGGAUAUGACGUCACUUAUGUCUAUUUGUUUGGAACAGUCACAGGCUCAAGGGCUUUUGCUUGACUCCGAAGCCGAGUUGUACCAGUGGUUCUGUCAACAGAUCACCCGCAAUUUGCAUGUGGUGUUCACAAUCAGUCCCGAGCUGGCAGCAUCUGUGAUUUCUCUGCCUGCCCUCUUCAACCGGUGUGUGCUUAACUGGAUGGGGCUGUGGAGUGAUGAGCUGUACGACGAUGUGGCUCAAACUACAAUCCUGGCUCUGCCUAUUGACAUUAAGGCAGCUUCAAUUGCUGUGGCUAUCCACGCUCAAUAUGGCGCAGCUCCCGCUCAGUUUAUGGCAUUUUUGUCUACAAUCCUCCAAGUGUAUCGCCGCACUAUGCUGGGGCUUGAAGAUCACCAUCGUCAUGUCACUCAGGGUUUGGACCAACUUCGUGAGACAGUGAUCAAAGUUCAAACUCUUCAAAGCCAGUUAGCGACGCAGCGAACGCAAUUGGAGGAGAAAAACGCCCAAAAGGAUGCCGCGCUUGAAAAGUUGUUCAAAGAGCAAACUGAAAUUGAACGUAAGCGGGAGUUCGCUAUUACAGCAAGUGAAGAACUUGAAAAGCACAAGGCAGAACUCGAAGCUCGUCGUCUCGAAGUGAUGUUUGAAUUGCAGAAGGUGGAACCUGAAGUGGAAGCGGCUAGAAAAGGCGUCAGUGAUAUCAAGAUGGACCAGAUCAACGAAAUUCGGCGGUUAAAUCGGCCUCCUGACGCUGUGAAGAUGACUAUCGAGCUGGUGUGUGUGCUCUUGGGGUAUGACGAUGUUUCCCUGUGGCCUCAGGUGUUGGGGUUUAUCCGUAAAAAUGAUUUCAUUGCUCUGAUUGUUAAUUUCGAUGUUAGUUUAUUGGAAGACAAUCGGCGGACAUUUUUGGAAGAGAACUAUCUCUCUCGCCCCGACUAUACAUUUGAGGCAGCCCAACGAGCCCUGAAAGCCUGUGGCCCUUUGUUAAGAUGGGUGUUGGCUCAAUUUAGCUACGCCCUGAUCAUAUCCAGCGUGGCUCCAUUGGAAAAGGAAAUGACUUUACUUGAGAAUAAGAAUAGGGAAACGAGUGCACAAUUGGAGGCCAUUGAGGAAAUAAUCCAGGAGCUCCAGGUGAAAUGUAAUCUCUACGAGAGAGAUUACCUGGAGGUGAUCAGAGAAACAGAACUGAUCAAAACGCAGAUGAAGGAAGUGAGCAAAAAAGUGGAACGACUGCAAAAACUUUUGUUACUGCUCCGAAGUGAAAAGGAUCGGUGGAAGAUCAAUACUACCCAAUUUGCGUCACGCAGAGAGCAGGUCAUUGGGGAUGCAAUCCUUGCAGCGCUGUUUUCUGUUUACGGUACUGCCUUGGACCAACGCGGGCGCUAUGAAUUUGAAACCCUAGUCAAGCAAAUGUUGUCUCAGUAUGCCCUCCCUCAUUCUCAGGGCUACACUUUCCGCACGUUGAUGCCCAAAGUCACCUUACCUUCGGGAGUCGUCAAUGAUACGGUAACGAUUGACAAUUGGGUCAGUAUUCUCACAAAUGAGCGCCCACUAGUAGUAGUGGAUCCCACGGGGCUGGUAUUACACAACCUUACUACAGGUUAUUCCACCAAUACUGCAGUGGUCCUGGCAUUGGCGCCUGACAUGGUAUCUCGUCUUGAAAAUGCUCUCCGCUAUGGCGGUAGGCUUGUCAUCACCGACAUCGAGUUUUAUGACCCUAUUCUCAACCCUGUGUUCAGGGGAGAAGUGUAUCGUCUGGGCGGAAAAACGAUGAUAAUGCUUGGCGACGCCUAUGUUGAUUACUCGCCACUGUUUCGCCUUGUGGUUCAUACCAAGGACUCUCUGAUCCCACUACCACAAUUCGUUAAGUCACGGGCAACUAUCAUCAACUUUACACUUACCCCUGCCUCUUUGGAGAAUAAGUUGGUGGAUAUGAUCGUCGAACAUGUUCGACCCGACGUGGCUGAACGACGUCAACAAUGUGUGGCUCAGAGAGGAGAGAUCAUUGAUCGUCUUUUGCAAUUAGAACAAAACCUUUUGGAGCUUGUUAGUGGAUCCGAGGGCUCGCUUUUGGAUAACGAUGAAGUGGUACUGGAACUUGAGAAACUUAAGACAGAAAUGUCAGCGUUAGAUGCUAGAUUAAGCGAUGCAGGUCAAGUGAUGACGGAGCUCGAUGGUGUACGUCUUACCUACGAGCAAGUUGCUCACCAUCUGCGAGCAGUGUAUGAUGUUUGCCAAAUGAUGGCAGCGAAACUGGAUUUCUACGAAGUGGAUUUAGACGCAUUUAUCCACAUUUUUCAAAGAGUAUUGCUGGGUGGAGAAAUGGAUUCGUUUGUGGAAAGGUUAUACCAAGAAGUAUAUGCCGUGGCGUCUCCAGCUAUGGUAUACGCCGACAAAGUGGCGUUUGCGACUGGGCUUACGAUGCUGAAAUUAGGGGAAGAAUCAGAUGAGACCAAGCAAGUAAAAACUAUUCUCGAAGGGCUUGCCAAUGGAAAAUCGCCGAUGAAUUCUCUUGAUGCUUUCAAUAAGCCAUUAUGGCUGGCAGAUGGCCCGUACUCGUCGACAUAUGACUUGGAUAAAAGUUUGGCAAUGUAUUCAGUUGUACUCAUUGCCUCUCCCGGGGGGGUUGAUGCAACCACUCGUAUCGAGGCUCUUGCAGAGGCUGAAAGGGCGAAACUUACGGUCAUAUCUAUGGGUUCGAAGGAAGGUGUUGAAGCCGCCAACUUGGCGAUGUCGGCUGCUGAGCCAGGAUGGGUGCUCUUACAAAAUAUUCAAAUGGCUCCUAACUGGCUUAGUACCUUAGAUAAACAAUUAUCAGGGUUGCCGAAUAAUCGGAAGGUUAUUAUGACAUGCUCUCUUUCGCUGAAGAUUCCUCGAGGUGUAAUUGUUCAUUCGCAAGUGAUACUGUAUGAGGCGCCGCCAAGUUUACGCCACUCGAUCCGAGAAACCUACAAGCUUCUUUCCACUACGACUAAGGUCAAACAUGCUGAAUUUUUGUUGGUAUUGUUCCAUGCAAUAAUUUGUGAAAGAAUGAAAUUUGUCCCUAACUCCUUCAACCAGACCUAUGAUAUAAACGAUGCUGACUUUGCACUGGCGUUAGCCAUCAUUCAAGGUUUAAAUGGUAAACCAUGGGAUGAAAUUGCGUAUAUGGUGGGGGUGAUCAGUUAUGGUUCUAAGAUUGACAACGUUGCUGACUUUGACUACGUUGUUACAUUGGCUAAACGGCUCUUCCUGAACCAAUCUACGCAACCAAGCUUCAAUGUCCUUUCGGGAAGUCUAAGUGAUGAUAUGUUAGCACUUCCUCAAGAUGACGAUUAUGAUAAUUGGAUCAGACUGAUUCCUGCAGUGACCCCAAUGACUUGGAUUGAUUUGGAGGAAAAGGUAUUAGACCAUGUACAAGCUCGAGAUGGUAAGCAAAUCGCAGAGUUAUUGUUCUCCUAA